GAGGGGGAGGGGGACAUGAAUAUUACAAAAGGCGAUAAUUUGAUACUCUAAAGUAAGGUAAUUUCUCCUGAAAUAUUUUUUAAAGUUUAGGAAUUAAUAUUUUUUGCACUUUGUAUAUAAAUACCGAUGUUACUAUCAUUUGAGAAUAUUUUAGUAUAGUUGUAAUAGAUGUGAAAAGUAUUCGCUUGGAACUGCUGCUCAUCUUUUUUUCUUUUUUUCGCGCGGUUUCCGGUCGAUCGCCCCAGGCAGUCGGUCGGUCGGUCGAUUCACAUAAUAAACUUUAUUUCUAUUUUUAGGUUUCCUAAUGGAUAGUGAUGUAAACAUUAACUUCAAAAAAUUGGAGAAAGAAUUCAUUACUGCUAAAAAUGCUGACGCAGCAUAUUCACGUGAAAACGAUGCCAAAUUUCGAGCUGUCCAUCAAAAAGUAGGAAGUUACGAAGAGUUUCGAGAUAUCGUUGCAGCCUCUCAUUUAAAACCACUGGAUAGGAAAGACAUAUUAGGAACGGACACAGUGAAACAAACGUGGAAUCCACUGUAUUCUAGCAACAUCGCUGGCGUUACACCAGUUUUAGUUGAUGUUAAAACACCUGCGGUGGAGGCAAUAGAUUUAUGUGACCAAUUCAUGAAAAGGUGGAAGACUUUAAAAAGUGAUGAAGAUAAAUACGAGUUUAUGCUAAGUUAUGAAGCGGAUGUGUUCAAGCGUGUAUUUUUCGUGGAUAUCCCAUCGAAUGUGCUGGAAUAUUGUAUAAAAAUAUUUAAUGAACACGUAACGGAUACGAACUACUCGCAUAUUUCCCGUAUUUUGCUCUCUUUCACAAACUCUCAGAGGUUUAAUUUAACCCUGAAGUUCUUUAGUAAGCGAGAGAAGGAAACAAUAUGCAGUUUGUUAAACAAGCUUGAACAUUUCGGCUGCCGUACAGAUGAGUUAAAAAAACUUUACUUAUGUUAAGAAUGCUUACGUGUAAGCAGAACCUUACGAAGAAAAUUAUUGAUUGUAAGUACGUGUAAAUAUUAAUUUGUUCGUUGUAAAUUUAUGGUUUUUCAGAAGUAAUAUAAUUGUUGCCAAAGACACAUCUUGUCG